AUGCCUCAUCAUCAACACAAUCCCUUUGUGAAAAAGGUUCUUGCCUUAUUUAAAAAGACUCAUGAAGGCGAAAAGUCUCAAUAUCCUACAGAACUUACAAAGAAAUACAAGAUUGGCGAGAAGCAGUUAGGUGUUGGUUCCUUUGCAGUUGUAAAGGAAUGCGUUAAUCUGUCAACGGGUGAACACUGUGCAGUAAAGAUUAUCCUGAAGAAAGUUAUUGCUGGAAAGCAACAUAUGCUAGAUAGCGAGCUAGAUAUUUUGAAGAAAGUUCGACAUAGUCAUGUUGUAUCUUUGCAUGAUAUUUAUGAAUCAGACGAUGCUGUUUAUAUCAUUACUGAUCUCUGUACGGGAGGAGAAUUGUUUCAACGCAUUGUUGAAAGAGGCACAUAUACAGAAUCAACUGCUGCUGAUCUUGUUCGCCAAUUACUUGAAGGUCUAGCUUACUUGCACUCGAUGGAUAUCGUGCAUAGAGAUAUAAAGCCCGAAAAUUUGCUGUUCAAGACACCAGAUGAAGACGCUGAAUUAUUAAUUACUGAUUUCGGUCUUUCCAAGUUACUAAAGAAUCACGAUCAAGUGCUGACAACUGCUUGCGGUACACCAGGUUAUGUUGCACCUGAAGUUUUGUUAGGCACAGGACAUGGAAAGCCAGUGGAUCUUUGGAGUGUUGGUGUUAUUAUGUAUACUCUUCUCAGUGGUUAUACACCAUUCUAUGGAGAAGAUCAAAAUGAGUUAUUUAGUGCCAUCAUGAGUGGUCGUUAUGAAUUUGACGAUGAGUAUUGGUCUGAGAUAUCUGCUGAAGCCAAGAAUUUAAUUGAUAGACUCUUAACAUUUGAUCCUAAGGAUCGCAUUACAGCAGAAGAAGCAUUAGAGCACCCAUGGAUUAUGAAUAAAGAAGAGUAUGGCUUCAAUUUGGCACCCACUGUUCGUAAAGGUUUCAACAAUCGUAGAACACUCCAAUCUCUUAUUACUGUGGUUGCAGCAAUUAACAAGAUGAGGAUCCAUCAUCCCUUAGCAGACUUGGAAGUUGACGAAGAUGAAGAUGAAGCAGAUAGAGAGAAAUAA